AUGAAGAGAUAUUGUUUAGCACUGGAUCUGAAAGAUGAUCCAAAACUGAUCGCAGAAUACGAGAGAUAUCAUAGAGAUGUCUGGCCAGAGAUCAAGAAGAGUAUCACUGACUCGGGUAUCGUUGAUAUGGAGAUAUACAGACUGAAGGACAGGAUGUUUAUGAUUAUGGAAACAGAGGACGACUUCUCGUUUGAAAGGAAGGCCCAAAUGGACGCCAAUAAUCCCAAAGUUCAGGAAUGGGAACAACUUAUGUGGACAUUCCAGAAGUCAUUGCCAUUCGCUAAGCAAGGUGAAAAUUUUGGUGCAAAUAUGAAGAGAAUUUGUUUAGGGCUUGACCUCAAAGAUGAUCCAAAAAUCAUCGAAGAGUAUGACAGAUAUCACAGAAACGUGUGGCCGGAGAUGAUCAAGAGUCUCAAGGACUCGGGUGUCGUUGAUAUGGAGAUAUACAGACUGAAGAACAGACUGAUUCUGAUUAUGGAG